GCCUUUGAUUGGUAAGUUCUUCAUCAAACAAGAGUCGAUGAUGUGAGAAUGACUUUCCCGUCGCCAAACGUGCUUCCCCUUCGGACACGGUGCUAUGUCGGAUAAAUCGGUGCUGGACCGUGUAGAACGCCGGCCAGAACAGCUCCACCACGACAAACUCGACGAUGGCGACAGGGCGUUGUCGAUCAUUGGCGAUGAGAGAGUGGUUGUCACAGAAGAAGACAACAAGCGAAUCAGACGGAAGACCGACAAGACCAUAUUGACCAUAUUGAUCUGGGUCUACUUCUUGCAGAUUCUUGACAAGACGGUUCUUGGAUACGCGGCCGUCUUUGGCCUCGAAAAAGCCACGCACCUCACGGGCAAUCAGUAUUCACUCGUUGGCUCAAUCGCGCCAAUUGCUCAACUGGCGUGGCAGCCAUUCUCAUCGUACCUCAUCGUAAAAGUGCCCCAUCGAAUCCUCAUGCCCUCGCUUUGCCUGGGAUGGGGCAUCGCACAGGCGUCCAUGGCGGCAUGCAAAAAUUACAGCGAUCUAUUGGCAACUCGAUUCUUUCUCGGCCUCUUCGAAGCAGGCUGUCUGCCCUUGUUCUCCGUCAUCACCGGCCAAUGGUUUCGAAGAGCAGAGCAGCCGCUGAGAGUGGCCGCAUGGUAUUCCACCAACGGCAUCGCGACAAUCGUCGCCUCCGCCCUCUCCUAUGGCCUGGCUCACAUCCCCUCCACCACUCUGGAGAGUUGGCAAAUCAUCUUCCUAUUCGUCGGGUUGGUAACUAUCGUAUCCGCUCCGUUCGUCUACUGGAGACUCGACAACGACAUACCCUCCGCACGCUUCCUGACUGAGGAGGAGAAGCCGAAGGCCAUUGAACGCCUGCGAGCCAACCAGACCGGGACUGGGAACCGCGACUUCAAGUGGUCCCAUCUCCGUGAACUCGCGCUCGAGCCGAAGACGUAUCUUUGGAUGGGUCUCGCCAUGCUGAAUAACGUCGGCGCAAGCGUCACCAAUACCUUCGGCCCGUUGAUCCUCGACGGUCUGCAUUUCGAUCCUUAUACCACCAGUCUGCUCAACAUCCCAUUUGGUGCCAUGCAAUGGCUCGUCAUCAUCUUCGCCUCGUGGGCCGCUCAACGGUGGAAAGUCAAAUCCGUCUUUUUGUUCAUGCUUACACUCCCCGUCAUUGCGGGAGCGGCGAUGCUGUACACCAUCAGCCACACAAAGUCCCAUGAGGGCGCUUUGCUGGCGGCAUACUAUCUGCUUGCUUUCCUCUUUGGCGGCAAUCCUCUGAUUGUAGCUUGGAUUGUCGCAAACACCGCCGGCACCACGAAGAAAAGCGCGGUGCUGAGCCUUUACAAUGCAUCCUCAGCCGCAGGAAAUAUCAUUGGGUGUGUAUCCUUGUUCAGGCAGUGACGCAUGUACUGACAUGUCAACGUAGACCUUUGUUGUUCCAAUCCAAAGACGCCCCGAGCUACCUUCCCGGCCUGCGAGGUGUUCUGGGUAUCUUUGUUGCCCUAGCCGCUUGUACGGUCCUUCAGGCCGUCAAUUUGACCUGGCUCAACAAGCUCCAGAAGCAGAAGAGAGUGAAGAACGGCAAGCCCGGCGAGAUAAUCGACCAAAGCAUGCAAACGCAUUAUCAUGACUUCGAUGAGCAGCAGAUGAGCGACAUCUACGAGACAGGCAUCGCAGAGGGACGCACAGCGGAGCAAGCGCCGCCUCAUUCGAAACUGGGCGGGCAAGCCUUCCUGGAUUUGACCGAUCGCAUGAACGACGAAUUUGUG